GCGUGUAAAUGGCUUUGUUUCCAUCUCUGGUGAGCUGUUUGUUAUCGUUUAUCGGCGGACAGCUGACUGGCGGCAUCCGAGUUUAUAAACAAUUUCGGAAUUUUGCAGUUUGCAAACCUCUUAUGAAAAAUGGACUACGACUUCAAGAUGAAAACGCAGAUUGAGCGCACAAAGGUGGAGGACUUGUUCAACUACGAGGGCUGCAAGGUGGGGCGCGGAACCUACGGCCACGUCUACAAGGCCAAGUGGAAGGAGACGAGCGAUGGCAAGGAGUAUGCCCUGAAACAGAUCGACGGCACUGGCUUGUCCAUGUCCGCCUGCCGCGAGAUAGCACUGCUGCGCGAACUGAAGCACCAGAACGUGAUAACCCUCAUCCGGGUGUUCCUGUCGCACAACGACCGCAAGGUGUUCCUGCUGAUCGACUACGCGGAGCACGACCUGUGGCACAUAAUCAAGUUCCAUCGGGCGGCCAAGGCCACCAAGAAGCAGGUGGUCGUUCCCCGGGGCAUGGUGAAGAGCCUGCUGUACCAGAUCCUGGAUGGGAUUCACUAUCUGCACAGUAACUGGGUGUUGCAUCGCGAUCUGAAGCCCGCCAACAUCCUUGUGAUGGGCGAUGGCAACGAGAGGGGACGCGUAAAGAUCGCCGACAUGGGUUUCGCCCGACUCUUCAAUGCCCCGCUGAAACCUCUGGCGGACCUGGAUCCGGUGGUGGUCACCUUUUGGUAUCGUGCCCCAGAACUGCUGCUCGGAGCUCGUCACUACACCAAGGCCAUCGACAUCUGGGCUAUUGGCUGCAUUUUCGCCGAGCUACUCACCUCGGAGCCCAUCUUUCACUGCCGCCAGGAGGACAUCAAGACCAGCAAUCCGUAUCACCACGAUCAACUGGACCGCAUCUUCAACGUGAUGGGCUUUCCGCAGGACAAGGACUGGGAGGAUAUCAAGAAGAUGCCGGAACAUCACACGCUGACCAAGGACUUCAAGCGCUCCACCUACUCCACCUGCUCGCUGGCCAAAUACAUGGAAAGGCACAAGAUCAAGCCAGACAGCAAGGCCUUCCACCUGCUGCAGAAACUGCUGCUGAUGGACCCCAACAAGCGCAUCACCUCCGAGCAGGCAAUGCAGGAUCAGUACUUCCAGGAGGAUCCGCAGCCCACGCAGGACGUGUUCGCCGGCUGCCCCAUACCGUAUCCCAAGCGCGAGUUCCUUACCGACGACGACCAGGAGGACAAGACGGACAACAAGCGCCAGCAGCAGCAGCAGCAGCAACAACAGCAACAGCAGCAGCAACAACAGCAGCAGCAAAUGAAUGCCGAACCGAAUGCCAAGAGAGUCAGAUUGUCCGGAGCUGGCAACCAGCAAGACUUCCACCACCAGCAGCAGCAGGCGCAGCAGCAGCAACAACAGCAACAGCAGCAACAGAUGAUGUUCAGCCAGCAGCAAAAUUUCCAACAGCGCUUCAACUGAGAGACUGAUAAAUGCUGCAUUUUUUCUACCACUCCCACUACUCCUUAGCCUUCUAAGUAUUUAAUGACUUUAGCGCGUAACAAAUACAAGCAAGUAAAGUGUAA